UUUUGUAUUUUCAAAUUUUUAGCUACUGGAGAUUCCUAUCAAACGAUUGCUUUUAGCUAUCGUCUUGGUCAUUCAACCGUACGAAGUAUUUGUCUUGACGUUUGUAAUGCAAUUAAUGAAAUAUUAUUAGCUGAAUAUAUUCCAACUCCAUGUAAAGAGAAGUGGUUAGAAAUAGCAAAUGAAAUGUGGACUAUGUGGAAUUUUCCAAACUGUCUAGGAGCCCUAGAUGGCAAACACGUGACAAUUCAGGCUCCUGCAAAUAGUGGUUCACUAUAUUUUAAUUACAAAAAAUCGUUUUCAAUAAUACUUUUGGCAUUGGUAGAUGCCAAUUGUAAAUUUAUUGCCGUGGAUGUAGGCUCGUAUGGGAAAAAUAGUGAUGGUGGAAUUUUUGCGAAUUCUGUUUUUAAAAAAAAUUUAGAAAGUGGCAAAUUGAAUGUUCCCGAGGAUUCCCCGCUGCCAGGAACAAACACAAUAGCACCUUAUGUAAUAUUAGGCGAUGAGGCGUUUCCAUUAAAAAAAUAUUUAAUGCGGCCAUACCCAGGGUCAAAAAGCAUAGAGGACAAUGAAAAAAGAAUAUUUAACUAUCGACUAUGCAAAGGAAGACGAUUAGUCGAAUGUGCAUUUGGAAUGUUGUCACAAACAUUCUGAAUUUAUUGUCGAAGACUGAUAGCUGAGCCUCAAAAUGCCGCCACAAUUAUUUUAACAACAUGCAUCCUCCAUAACAUCAUUAGAAAUAGUCGUGAUAUAAAUUUAGAAUAUAUUGAAACAAAUCGUGUAAAUAACAUACAGAGACACGGUGGAAAUGCACAGAGUGAAGCGUUUGAAACAAGGAAAAUUUUUAAAAACCUUUUUAAUUCUCCUGUAGGCUCAGUGCCGUGGCAACAGGACAAAAUAAUGUAAUGAAAUUUAUUUAAUAAAUUACUAAUGUCUUUUCAAAAUGUUUAUAAUUAUAUAUUUGUAUUGAAUUUUUCAUUUUAUUUACCAGA